UAUUUAUAACUCGUUUAUUCCGUAAUGCAAAAAACAAAAGGGAUCGAUUUAUUGAUGAUUUGACAAUGAAAUCUUGACCUUCGCAUCAACCUUAUUAUUUCGAUAGCUUGGAGAUAGCACAUGACAGAUUUUUUUCGACCAUCUCGAAUGGAAAAUAACAAGUCAGUGUGCAAUCGACAUUUACGUCCGCACCACGUCUCCGUUGGCGCGUAUUAUCUUUGCGCGGGAAACUAUCCAGGGGACUUUACAAGUCGUGAACACCAGCCGAGUUGACUGGCCGAUUGACAGACGCGAAAUUAAAACAAUAGAGGAGACACGACUGUAAAAAUGGUGCUCAUAUUAACGAGGUUAACAAAAAAAUGCGCACAAGUGGCACUGGGAUGCAGCCGGGCCGCUCAUCAGACAGCGCUCCGAGGAACUAUCAAGCCGAGCCCUCAGUUAGCCGCCCUCACACCAAAGGUCCGUGCGUUCGUGGAGCGCAGCGCGUCACUUUGCGAGCCCGAACAUGUGCACGUAUGCGAUGGCUCCCCAGCGGAGGCGGCCGCGCUGCUGCAGCUGAUGCAGCAACAAGGCACGCUGCGACCGUUGCACAAGUAUCAAAAUUGUUGGUUAGCCCGCACCGACCCCGCGGAUGUGGCCCGUGUCGAGUCCAGGACCUUCAUUUGCUCAGACAAGGAGCGGGAUGUGGUGCCCGCCGCCAGAGCCGGACAAAAGUCCGCCCUAGGCAAUUAUAUCACACCGGGAGAUUAUGAAAAGGCCAUCUCAGAGAGAUUCCCGGGAUGUAUGCGAGGACGCACAAUGUACGUGAUCCCAUUCUCUAUGGGUCCGGUGGGUUCUCCACUAUCAAAGAUUGGUGUAGAAGUGACGGACUCCCCUUACGUCGUGUACUCGAUGCGCGUCAUGACUAGGAUGGGUGCCCCAGUAUUGGACUUGCUGCGUAAAGACGAGCAGUUCGUGCGAUGCCUACACGCGGUGGGCAAGGCGGGUACGCCGGGCUGGCCCUGCGACCCUUCACGCACUAUAAUACUGCACAAACCCACUGAAAAUGAGAUUGUUAGCUAUGGUAGCGGUUACGGCGGUAACAGUCUCCUUGGUAAGAAAUGCUUCGCGCUUCGAUUGGGGUCCGUGUUAGCGCGACGAGAGGGCUGGCUUGCUGAACACAUGCUGAUCGUUGGUAUAACAGACCCUAAAGGUCGUAAGCGGUACAUCGCCGCAGCGUUCCCUUCAGCAUGUGGCAAGACCAACUUAGCUAUGAUGACACCCUCCCUACCGGGGUACAAAGUGGAAUGUGUUGGUGAUGACAUCGCAUGGAUGAAGUUCGAUAGUAACGGAGUACUGAGAGCUAUUAAUCCUGAGAAUGGAUUCUUUGGUGUCGCACCUGGUACUUCAACAGCAACAAACCCGAUAGCAAUGGCGUCCAUCUUCCAAGACACGGUGUUCACUAACGUAGCUGAGACGAGCGACGGCGGCGUGUGGUGGGAGGGCAUGGGCAAAGCCCCGGAGAGUCUGAUCGAUUGGAAGGGCCAGCCCUGGGAUCCUAGUAAGAAGACAUUAGCCGCACAUCCUAACUCACGGUUUUGCACUCCAGCUGAACAAUGUCCCAUAAUAGACGGACAGUGGGAAAGCUCCGAGGGUGUGCCAAUAUCUGCCAUCUUGCUAGGCGGGCGGCGACCAACCGGUGUGCCUCUCGUGGUGGAAGCUCGUGACUGGCAGCACGGUGUCUUCAUGGGGGCCACCAUGAGGUCUGAGGCCACCGCCGCAGCUGAACACAGCGGCAAAGUGGUGAUGCACGAUCCGUUCGCAAUGCGUCCAUUCUUUGGCUACAACUUCGGGGAGUACCUGCAGCAUUGGCUCUCUAUGCCGCAGCCCGGACGCAACAUGCCUAAGAUCUUCCACGUUAAUUGGUUCCGAAAAGACGCCCAGGGCAAAUUCCUUUGGCCCGGUUUCGGUGAUAAUUCUCGCGUGCUUGACUGGGUGCUUCGUCGCUGUGACGAGGAGCCCUGCCACGUCGAGACUCCGCUGGGAUACGUGCCCAAACCUGGAGCCCUGAAUACUGAUAACCUUGAAGAUAUUAACAUGAAGGAAUUGUUCAGCAUCCCUAAAGACUUCUGGAAGCAAGAGGCCGAUGCAGUAGAAAAAUACUUUAAGGAAGAAGUAGGUGAUGAUCUGCCAAACGAAAUGUGGGACGAACUGAAGAAAUUGAGAACAAACAUUGAGAAAUCAUAGACUAAUAUCGAAACCAAAGACAACUGAACGAAACUAUCAAACUAUAAUCGUUAAAUAAAAUUUGUACAUAAAUAUAAUUUAUAAGAACAUUCCAAUUUAGUAAAUAAGUAUUAGGAUUAAGUAGUUAGUAAUAUAUGCAAAUUAUAUUCUAAAUUUAUCCUUAAAAAGCAAUAAAUGAUCGU